CAGAAGAAAUGUACCAGUCUCCAUCUGACACGCACACACUCAACCCCUGGGUCUCGUUCUUUUGCUCUAGAGAAAACAGACAUGCCCUGCCGCUCUUCACCUCUCUUCUUAACGUGGUAUGUGCGUAUGAUCCUGUCGGGUACGGCAUCCCGUACAAUCACCUGAUGUUCUCUGACCAGCGCGGGGUUCUAGCAGAGCUGGCGCUGCAGACACUGAUCGUUUCACUGGAGCAGGAGCUCGUUGAUAACUCAAACACCAGUACGAACCUGAGCACCAAUACUGACACCUGCUCUGCUGAUUACAAGAAGAACACAACUGCUGAAGGAUGCCAGGCAACGAGAGGCGAAAACCUGUUUGUAAACUACCUGUCUCGAAUUCAUAGAGAAGAGGAUUUUCAUUUUAUCUUGCAAGGAAUCGGCCGGCUGCUCAAUAACCCCCUGCUGCAGACAUACCUGCCCCAUUCCUGCAAGAAAAUCCAGUUUCAUCAGGAGCUGCUGGUGCUUUUCUGGAAACUCUGUGACCUCAACAAGAAGUUCCUGUUCUGUGUGUUGAAGAGCAGUGAUGUGCUGGAUAUUAUGGUACCAAUUCUAUUCUAUCUCACUGACGCUCGUGCCAAUCAGUCACGUGUCGGUCUGGUGCAUAUCGGCAUGUUCAUCUUGUUGCUGUUAAGUGGAGAGAGGAAUUUUGGGGUGCGUCUGAAUAAACCAUACUUUGUGCGAGUGCCAAUGGAUAUUUCGGUGUUUGCUGGGACUCAUGCUGACCUGCUGAUAGUGGUUUUCCAUAAAAUCAUCACCAGUGGACAUCCGCGACUGCAACCCCUGUAUGACUGUCUGCUCACUAUUAUAGUCAAUGUGUCUCCUUACCUGAAAAGUCUGUCUAUGGUAGCAGCCAACAAACUACUGCACCUGCUGGAAGUUUUCUCAAGCCCCUGGUUUCUGUUCUGCUCACCUGUUAACCAUCACCUGGUUUUCUUUUUGCUUGAAGUUUUUAACAACAUCAUUCAGUACCAGUUCGAUGGUAACUUUAACCUGGUGUACGGCAUCAUUCGCAAACGCAACCUCUUUCACCAGCUGGCUAACCUGCCUACAGACGUCAUCUCGAUCCAGAAAGCCCUGCAGAAGAAAAGCAGGAGCAACAACACCCAUAAUGCCGUCUUCACGGAGACCAGCAACCCAUACAACACUGCCUGUAGUGAAGGACCGUAUAAAACCACACCGGUUCAAACAGGCACUCUGAACGCAAGCUUGAAGGACAUGCCACGCAUUGAUAAACUAACAGAAACAUCACAGGUUUCUGAGGACGGAGCGACACUCUUACUGCAGCAGAGGGACUCGACCCACAGCCAAUCAGAUCACAGCUCUGAGACACAAAUCAGAGACACGGAGCCGACCUCUGGUGAAGAUGACAAGAAGUCUGAAAAAGAGGAUUGUGAUGGAAGUCCGAAACACGUGUCGUCUUCAUCGGACUGGGCUCCUACUCCAGACUGGGUCCUCUCCUGGAAGAGUAAACUCCCUCUGCAGACUAUAAUGAGACUCCUGCAGGUGCUGGUGCCUCAGGUGGAGAAAAUCUGCAUAGACAAAGGUUUGACGGACGAGUCUGAGAUCCUGAAGUUUCUGCAGCACGGGACUCUGGUGGGGUUGCUGCCGGUUCCUCAUCCCAUCCUCAUCCGCAAGUACCAGGCCAAUGAGGGCACGGCUCUGUGGUUCCGCACAUACAUGUGGGGCAUCAUCUACUUACGUAACGUGGAUCCUCCUGUUUGGUACGACACUGAUGUCAAGCUGUUUGAGAUCCAGAGAAUUUAAUGACACCGAGAGAACCAACUCAACAAAACUGACUCAAUUUCUACCAAACCGACACUUUCACAAAGAUUUAAUUCAAAUUUACACUUUCUCUCUAAAAAGUAAAUUCGGUUUUGUUUUUCUGACCUUCUUUUUUUUGUUGUAAAUAUAUAAAUGAAUGAAUUUAAACUGCCCAGUGAAAUACUUGUGUUAUUUCUGAUACAUUGUUUCAUUUUCUUCUGAGUUCAUCCAAAUCCAUGAGGAUGGACACAUGACCCUCAGGUCUCUGACCUUGUGAGCAGUGAGAUGAGUGUGUGCUUAUACUGGGUUUUUUUGGGGGGGUUUUUUGUUUUUUUACUGAAAUAGUGUUCUGUGUGGAGGGGUGUGAAUGAACUCUGUAUAUAAACGGAUGCAAAAACGUAAUCCUAUAAAAGCUGGAAAUGCUGCAUGUACAGAAAUACUAUUAAAAACUCUUGAAUGCCAUCCAAAACAAUGACAAUAUAUG